UCUUCAAAAUAUUUUUAUUUCCUUUAAAUACUUUCUAGUCUAACCGUGCAUGGUUAAUAUACAAAUGAACCUAGAACCAUGGUUAGUUGUGAUCAUCUUCCUUGAAGAAGUCGCCCGCUAAGUAACGUCACCUACUCGCAAAGACGUUGACCGCGACUGCCUAUUUAUCUCCCUAUUUCAUAACCCCAUUCUUUAUAUCUCAAAUUUUUACUUCCAUUUUUCUCUGCUUUUAAAAAAAAAAAAAUUCCUCCUCAACAAUGGAAUAUCGCGCUUUAGAAAUUAAUGUUAUGUCCGGUAAAGAUCUCAACAAGGUCAAUCUCAUCACAAAGAUGGACGUAUACGUCGUCGUUUCAAUCUCCGGCGCCGACGAUGACAGAUCCAAUCAGAAAACCAAAACACACGUCGAUCACGACGGUGACAACAACCCCACCUGGAAUUUCCCAAUCAAAUUCACCAUUGAUGAAAACGCUGCUGUUCAAAACCGUUUACAUCUUGUGUUUAAGCUCCGAUGUCAACGUGCUCUUGGAGAUAAAGAUAUUGGUGAAGUUGAUGUUCCGAUCAAAGAGCUUCUUGAAUCUCCCAAUAGCAGUACUGGGAGUAAACAAUUUGUAAGUUAUCAAAUCAGAAAACCUUCUGGUAAACCCAAAGGUCAACUCACUUUUUCGUAUCAAUUUAGUGAUAAGAUCACUGGUAAUAGCAGUGUCGAUUCUAAAAUUGAUCACCCCGUGACUGCUUAUCCGGCGGUUAAUCCAAAUCCGAUGGUGGAAUCCACUUCUGUAUACCCACCACCGCGACCGCCGCAAGGUCCUACUCGGCCAUAUCCACCUCCUCCGACCUAUGCUUGUGGUGGCAGUGGACCUACUCCACCACCACCCACAGCGGGAUAUCCUCCAUCAACGGUGGGAUAUCCACCAGCACCGGCAGGAUAUCCACCAUCAUCGGGUGGAUAUCCACCAGCACCGGCGGGAUAUCCACCGGCGACGGCAUAUCCUCCACCGCCCCAAUAUGGAUAUCCGCCACAUCAAGGUGCAUACGGGUAUGGGUAUCCACAAGUACAGCGGCCGCCAAAGAAGAACAAUAAUUUCGGGUUAGGAUUAGGGGCGGGUUUACUUGGUGGGGCACUUGGUGGAAUGCUUAUUGGAGAUGCAAUUUCUGAUGCUGGAGGUUAUGACGGUGGAUUUGACGGUGGAUUUGAUUUCUAAUCCUAUUAGUUUUAAUAAGUACUUUUUUCCCUUAUUUUUGUGAGUAGAUAGUUCAUGUGAAAAUUGUAAUAUUAUGGAAUUUUGAUGACAUAAAUCAAGAAACGUUUUCACUUAAUGUUCAA